UUUCCAAAUAUAUUGCUCUCCGCCAAUCUGCGCUGUUAGUUAAAACCGUCAGCGCGACUUGUGAUGUUUCCACACACCCCACUCUCUCUCCACGCUGUGUGGGUGUGCGUUUUUGCGCGUGUGCGCAGUCUAUUGUGUGUGCGCCUCCUUGAAGCUCCUCAGCCCCGUGGAGCUGUUGUUUCCACAGAGCUGCGGGACAAUCAGUCGGGCGGCUGGAUUUAGGGAAGACAAAAGAGAAAGUGAGAAUUCUGCUUUUUUUCCCAACCCGUCUCUUUAUGGGUUUCGCAUCUGUUUGGUUCGCAUCAGUUCCCGUUUUUAGAGGAUUCAUCGCGCUCUCGCCGGCGUGGAUCUAGUUUCCACAGACUAGACAAGACAUGCAGUCUAGUCAUCCGGUAAAGUUUUGAUUGACAUCGCUGGUUCUCCACCUCAGAGCGGAGAACUUUUAACGCUGAGUUUUCAGUUUUUUGGGGACAUUUGGACGCGGUUUCUCUAUCGCUUCACGCUCUCUUUCUCAUGGGGUGACCCUUUUACAGAUGUGGAGACAUGACUGUUGGACUGUAGUUCCACCCCUCACCCCCCCCUACAGACACACUCCCUAAAGGUGUUUUCCUGUCCUUCCAACAGAGACAGCCAUUAAUGCCCUGGACACUUUGCACAACUUGACGUUUAUAUGGAGCUUUGCUGUAAAGCCACUGGGGUCGGCCACUCUGGCACCAUGGAGUGCAAGUUUUCCCACUACUACAAAAAGGAGCUUAUCAUAUGCCACUAUGCCCAGGCUAAAAACAAGACCAUUAAUGAUACAUUUAAUGACUAUAAGGUAAAAGAGCAGUUCACUGUUACUAAUAUUGUCAUCGUAAUCCUCUGCACAAUCAUCAUUGUCGAGAACCUCCUGGUCCUACUUGCUGUCCUCCGCAACAAGAAGUUCCACUCAGCCAUGUUCUUCUUCAUCGGCAACCUGGCGUUCUCCGACUUGCUGGCUGGUUCUGCCUACAUAGCCAAUGUAUUACUCUCAGGAUCAAUGACCCUGGAACUCUUGCCGUUGCAAUGGUUCAUCAGAGAAGGAACGGCAUUUAUCGCUCUGGCUGCAUCCGUCUUCAGCUUGUUGGCAAUAGCUAUAGAGCGCUUCAUUGCCAUCACCAAAGUCAAAGUGUAUGGCUCAAACAAAACGUGCCGCAUGUUCCUGCUGAUAGGAGCAUGUUGGGUCACUUCAAUUCUGCUCGGAGGACUUCCCAUCCUAGGCUGGAACUGCAUCUGCAACCUCCCUGACUGCUCAGCUGUGCUGCCACUCUACUCUAAGCAGUACAUACUUUUUGUUGUCUCCAUUUUCACCCUCAUACUGCUCUCUAUCGUCAUCCUCUAUGUGAGGAUCUAUUUGAUUGUUCGCUCCAGUCACCGGGAAGCAACGAACACCCAAGCAUAUUCCCUUUUGAAAACAGUUACAAUAGUGCUUGGUGUCUUCAUCGUGUGUUGGCUGCCAGCUUUUACCGUGCUGCUCCUGGAUUCCUCGUGCAGCAUGCAGGGCUGCCCUGUGCUCGAUCACGCGAAGGUGUUUUUUGCUUUUGCCACUGUGAACUCUGCUCUUAACCCCAUGAUAUACGUGCUGCGCAGCAAGGACAUGAGGAGGGAGUUUCUGCGCGUGCUGUGCUGCUGGGGUGUGCUGCCGAGCGGCCGGCCUUCUGAGCGCUGCCUGGUCAAUUUGAAGAGCUCCAGUUCUUUGGAACAUUGCACCAACAAAUUCGAACACCAGACCACGCCCAUCAUGCAAACGUGUACCACCUGUGUCUGACUUGCUGCAAACACAUUAGAUGGCUUAUUUUUGUGUGCACAAGAGGGAAAAAACAUCAUGAUGAGGUGGACAGAUGUUACUUACUGGGAAUAGACCUCUGCGCGGUUGGGAUACAGCUCACUGUUUGGACACAUUUACUCAGUGCAGAUUGUUUUUCACAUAAAACACAGUGACUCUACAAUCAGCUUUUAAGAGUUGCACUCUUCCUGAAAAUGUUGUGAAAAGAUUAUAAGACAGAAUCAAUUGAUA